AUGUCGAGUAGCCCACCGACGUUGGACUCACCCCCUCGAAAGAGUUUGCAGCAAUGCUUCCAUGUCAACGAAAAAGUCACGCUCAGUAUUCAACUAACCUCAUCAAGUGCACUGAGAAGCAGCAACAGCGCAAAAGACAUACAAAUCGGCAUUGAUUACAAACUUAGAGCGUACAGUCAAAUUCAUCAGAACAGGAAUCUGAUUGAUAGAGGGACGCAGACCACAGUCUCCAACGAACAAUCUAUAAGUGAAGAAUCCGAGCUACGCCUCGUCAAAGAACAACUAAGGAACGAGGAAAAAAAUGGUGCUUACCUUUCAGAUAGGGUGAAGACGUAUAGGGAUAGAUGGCUGGAAGAAUAUUACCGCGCCAACAACCUCGAAUAUCAUAUACCCUCUGACAUCCACGUGGCUGACCUUCCUCAAAUUCCAGAGGGUCUUUCUUCUCCCAAACUCUUUUCCGACUGCUUGGAAUGGGAAGAGGAUAAUAGCUUCGGAUGCCAUGUCUAA